AUGAUCGGGCGGGGCGUAGCGCUGGCGGCAGGCGGGACGAGGUAACGGCCGAAGGAAGGAAGAACACCAAGAAUUUUUAUUAUAUUUCUAACUAAUUACGUUGAUUGAUAUCACCUCUAGCUGAACCAACGCCUUAUUUUAAUACAAGCGCCCUAUAAAAGCUAGAAAAAUGUCUUCAAACACCGCAGCAGACGAAAUAGACGAGGCGAAGGAGCGAGCCCACUUUCGCGCCGUUGUGACCGCUUUUAAAUAUUAUAAACUAUGCAGUCUCGAUAGAAUACAGAAGUCGGAGAAGAUGAUCGCUAAACUGCCGUCCACUCACCAGCGGCGGCUCGAGAAAUACAAGUCCUACCUCUCCAAGUUUAAGAAGUGUCUGGACGUAAACAACAGUGUAGUGCAUCUAAUUAUCAAGGACGUGGACACAAUGUUCGAGAACGUGGACCACACGACGACGGAAAAUGGAAGCAACGGCACAGAGAGUUUCGGUUGUAACUACAACAACUGCGAGAUCAGCUCGCACAACCAGCAUAAGAUGCAGCACGACGUUGAUAAGGUAGUGUCAGUGCUGAAGAACAUAGUUCGCGAUUGGAGCGCGCUCGGCGCCGCGGAGCGCGACCAGUGCUACAAGCCGAUAUUAGAGGAAAUGGAGGAGAGGUUCCCACUGGACGAAUAUAGUGAACGCAGCCGCAUCAAAGUCCUAGUCCCCGGCGCCGGGCUCGGGCGCCUCGCGUGGGAGAUCGCAGCUCGCGGCUACAGCUGCCAGGGGAACGAGUUCUCACUUUUCAUGCUUUUUGCGAGCAACUUCAUACUCAACCGGUGCCCGGAGGCGAACAAGUACACAGUCCACCCGUGGCUUCACCAAUACGUGAAUAAUGUGACCUGCGAGCAUCAGCUGCAAGGUGUAACCUUCCCUGACGUGAGGCCUGGUGGUGACCGACCGAAUCACCACUUUUCAAUGACUGCUGGAGAUUUCCUAAAGGUGUACACGGAAGCAGAGCAAUGGAACUGCGUGGCAUCUUGCUUCUUCAUAGACUGCGCGCCCAACGUGAUAGAGUUUAUAGAGAGGAUAUACGCCAUUCUAGAGCCCGGUGGUUACUGGAUCAACCUCGGACCACUACUCUAUCACUACAGUGACAUGCCAUCGGAAAGCAGUAUCGAGCCGCCAUAUGACAUUCUGCUAGAGAUUAUUAGAGACAUCGGUUUCGAUAUUUUGAAAGAGCAAACGGGCGUAAAGACGAAAUACGCCCAAAACCCCAACUCCAUGAUGCAACACGAAUACGACUCAGUGUUCUUCGUGUGUAGGAAGCCUUACUGUAUGUAAACACAUACAAAACUACAUGGAGUAUACGGGAAAUUUCAGAAAAAAACUACAGAACCAAUUUGAAUCCUAGGCUACUAUAGAACCUUGUCCCUUUAAUAUGACAUACAUCACUCAAUAAAGACUGUCGUAGAAGAUAAAGAAACUGAUUGUGAUUCAUUAUGACAUGGUUCUAUUUCUAUACUGGCCUAGAUCAAAUUGGUUGACAUUACCUACCAAUACUUUUAUUCAAUAUACUAAUAAGUUUUUGGUUAUUUCAACCGAGAAUCGCGAGGAUUAUUCAUUAAACAUUAAAUUUAAAAUUUGAAAAACCAACACAAAGGAAACUUCCGUGAGACACAGACAUAUUAAAUAUAUUAAUAACGGGUCACUCACGUAUUUUAAGUCGAAAAACGCUCGACAUGUUUCACUCCGUACCGAUAAGUGUCAUCAGGAGCUUGCGUUGACGGUGACGGCGGGGGGGAGUGAAACAUGUCGAGCGUUUUUCGACUUAAAAUACGUGAGUGACCCGUUAUUAAUAUAUUCAACACACAAACGGAUGAACGGAUUUUAGUAUAAUGUGUCUAAGAACCUGUUUUCAUAUUAAAAAAAACUGCAUCCAAAUCGGUUUCCUCGUUUAAGAGCUACAGUGCCACAAACAGACACACAUGGCGAUCAGACAUUUGUUUUCCUUAAAAAAUGUAGAAGUCAGUUAUGUGAAGGUCAAUACAACAUGUAGGUAUGUGAAAAUACGUCAUAACAUAAUACUUACAAAAAUUUUGGGACAUUUUUUUCUUUUUUUCUCGUGAUUCUAAGCAGAAAUAAUGCAAAAUGUGUGUAAUUUUUAAUACCCAUACAUAUACUACACCACAGAUUUAAUAUAUACGCUAGAUGACGCAAAUAUCACGAUUUGUAUUAAAACCAAGCGUGCGCUUUUUUAUACAAAAUUUACGCAUAAUAUAAUUUUAAAAUUACCUGUGAUAGGAAAUAUGUUCUUGCCUUUGGGUGCUCGCAAUUUUUGGGCUGUUGCAGUAAAUUAUCAUGCAACGAGGCAUUUUUUAAGUUUUCACGGACGUCCCGCGGCAACAACUGACGCGCGUGGACUGUAAAGAGCGACGGUCAACCCCGAGGAUUUCUCGGGGUUCGGACGCGAAGUAGAUGCAUUUGCGUCAUCUAUGGUAUAUUUAUAUCUGUGCACUGAACUGCUCUCGUACUAAUUUAGUAUCAGAGCCGACCGCAUAUUUCAGAUGCGUCAACUUCUUGCAUGCAAAAUCAAAAAUAUAAACGAAAAUUAAGUGUUAAAAUUAAGGAGAUAAUUUUAUAUUGGAUGGAAUGUACAAGCAACUAAGCUAGCGUGGUAUAUAUAGUGUGGAAAAAAAUUGUGGUCCCUGGAGGGAAAGUGCCUUAAAACCUUAAGUUAGCUCAUUUUACUUUAAGGACACAUUUUUAUAUUUUUAAAAAGAAUCAAAACUGCAUUCAAAGAUUUUUUUCAAUUCGCUUUGUGGCCCGGGAAUCGAACCAACAAAGAAUUCAAAAAAAAUAAACUGUCGCUAUUUUUAUUCUACUAUUCGAUACAGUUAACGUUAAUGAUAACAUUUCUCCAAGAAACAUUAGGCCUUACACUCGUCUGUCGUACAAAAUAUCCAUACAAUCGAAUAUUUAGUACUCAAGAAUAUUUUAGACAAGCGAAAUAGAAAAAAAAAUCUUUGAAUGCAGUUUUGUUUCUUUUUAAAAAUAAAAGAAUGUUUUCUUUAAGUUAAAUGAGCUAACUUGAGGUUUUAAGGCACUUUCCCUCCAGCGGGCUCAACACGGUCGCAUUUUUAUCGCCUGUCACCAUGCCUGUCACGUUCUAACAAGUAUGUAAGUGCGAAAGUGACAGGUAUAGUGACAGGUGAUAAAAAUGUAACCACGCUGACACCGCUGGGCCCAUUUGUUUUUUCAAUCCUGUAUCUGCAAUAUGAUAGUCGUCCUUUUUAACCGACUUCAAUUUCAUAGAAGGAGGAGGUUCUGUAUUCGGUUGUGGCUAUUUUUUUUUAUGUAUGUUCACCGAUUAUUCCGAGACCCGUGGUCCGAUUUGAGUAAUUCUUUUUUUUAUUAUCAGUGUAAAUUUCAUUCGAAAGAGUGACGUUUGCGUCAAGUGUCAUUUUGUAUGGGAUUUCGAGUUUCCGAAACCUCCCGCUUGGCGCGCUGUUCAAAAUCCUAUACAAAAUUAGACAUAACGCAAACGCGAACGCUCGUCACGCUAUCAAAUGAAAUUGACAGUAGGACACAGGGCGGACACGCUAUACAUCAAUAAUCACUCCCGUUUCUAUGUGUGAACGGCACGUCUGUACACGCGGCAUGCGUCAUAGUGUGAGUAAGUUGCUUAAAAACAGUACUGAGCGGCCGGCAAACGGCCGUCAAUCUGCUGUCGCGGGGCGAGGUCACUCGAGUCGGGGCGGGGCGGUGCGUGGCCGUUCUGUAUGAUAAUACUAUUACUUAUUCUGUGACUAGGGGUUCUGUUGUGGCCGUCAAGUAUGUGUAAAACGGCCCACGGACUAUCAGUCCGCCGGACGAUAUCGGCCUGUCAGUUAGAACAAAAAUUCAGCUCCGAACAACUGACAGGCCGAUAUCGUCCGGCGGACUGAUAGUCAGUGGGCCCCUUUAGAGUUAAAGUGACACUUACACGCCAGAUAAUAACAGCGCAACCAUCAUAAGCCUAAAAGUUGGUUUUCACAGUGUCAAAAUGAUACUUGUUUAUUUUUUUAAUUGUUAUAUUAGUUUAUUUAGUGAAAAUGCCAAUUUUUUGUCAAAAUAAGUUCAAGUUUAGUUUAAGAGAUAUUAUAAACUCCUUCGGGUGUUAUGGUGGCAAACAAGCCUACUUUGCCCUGUUUCCAUGGAAAUACAAUAACUACAAUAAGUGCGUCAUAUUCUACUUCUUUCAGCGUAGAAGGAAGUUUAGCCCCCGAAUGAGUUUAUAAAAUUUCGUAUCAUGUAUUAUAUUUUAAGUCCCCGGCAAGCUCGGCCGAAUUGCACCUUCCGAUACAAACGUAGUUCCGCUCUCAUUUUAAGACUACGUGAUGGAUUGAAAUGAAACUUUGCACGUACAAUGACAUGAGUUAUAUCUAGGUCUGUAAUUAGUUUAUAGCUCCAGUUUAUAAAACAAAUGAAAUAGUGCAAAAACAAGUUUUGUAUGAAAAACUUAAUCGAAGUAUUUUUUAGCUAUGGUAUAUCUGAACCUCUCUCUCUCUCUCUCUCCUUAGCAUUAAUGUUCCCAUCUGAUUGGGGGGUCUGCUUUCCUGGUAUCUGAAGCUACAUAAACUAAUUACAGACAUAAAUAUACCUUAUCCUAUUGUAAGUACCUUACCAUCCUUACCUUCUGAGGUGUUUUCCUUGCGCUAUGACAUGGGGUUCUUCAAGAAGCAGGUAUUUAGGGUUCUCAAAGGUGGGCAACGCAUAAGUGGCUCCUCCGGUGUUGCUUAUGUCCAUGGGCGGCGAUGACUGCUUCCCAUCAGACGGCUCGUCUGCUCGUUUGCUUCCUAUUACAUAAAAAAAAGUACAAAGUUUCAGAACAAUCUAGCUAGUCGUUUUAAAAUGAGAACGGAACUACGUUUGUAUGGAGAACCGAGCUUGCCGGGGACCCUUAACUAUAAAACUCCCGUGAGACUCAAACAUAUAAAAAUUAUUUUAAAGCGGGUCACUCACGUAUUAUUAAGUCGAAUAGCUCGACAUGUUUCGAUCCGAUUUACUUCGACUUAAUAAUCCGUGAGUGACCCGUUUUAAAACAAUUGUAAUAUGUAUUAGGUAUAUUAGUUAUUUAGUCAAUUAUUUUAAUGCAUGUUUUUAUUUAAGUUUUUGUUUGACAUUGUGGCGAAAAUUGGUACAACUGUACUACUUUGCCAAAUUCGUAGUGACCAAAUAUAUUGAAACAACUUUGUUACCAUAAGAAUAAGGAUGUGUUGAGAUAUAUUUGGCCACUUUGGCUGUCAUUAACUAUCAAAGCCCGUUAUCAAUGUUGCAAUACAUCGAAAAUUAGGGUUGGUAGAAUUAUCUACCGCAGGGAACCCUUACUUCGCGCAAUAAAAUAUUUUUUACCAAAACAGAUAUCAAUUGAAUAUACAAUAAUAUAGCUACGCAAAAAUAGUUUUCAAAUUCUAAAAUACCCUAACUCCGCCACUCGUCCCCAAUUAGGACUAAUCUUUUUUGAAUUACUAAACGCCCAACAUACUUGUUAUAGUGGCAAUAUGAAUAUAUGAUUUGAUGUUAUUCCAGGCGAAGUUACGCAAUAAAGGCGAAUUUAGGGUACGUAUUUUUGCGGACCCUUACUUUCAAUGAACUGCAACAUUAAUAACGGGUUUUGCUACCUAUUUAAUGUGGUCUGUAUAUUUUAAUAACAAAACUUCCGUGAGGCACAAACAUAUCAAAUAUGUAUAUUAAAAACGGGUCACUCACGUAUUUUAAGUCGAAGAACGCUCGACAUGUUUCACUUCGUACCGAGGAGUGUCGUCAGGAAAGUUCUUCGACUUAAAAUUCGUGAGUGACCCGUUUUUAAUAUAUUUAAUUUGUAUAUCCCGCCAAUUUUUGGUUCGGAUUUGAGUGCAUUGGGGUAAAUUCGGAUACGAACUAAUUACUGAAAUUUGUUUAAAAGGCAGUUGUUUCAAUUUUUCGCUUCGCAAAAGUCGUAUUAAUAUCAAGACUUGUAGGUAGGUUAUAAAUAAAUAUCCAAAGUCAGGGCACAAACCUAGGCUACCUAUUUCAAUGACAAUAAAACAUUUGUCAUGACAAUUUGACUGUCACUUCAAGAUGGCAUGACAAAUACAAAUUCAGUCCAGAUGAACUUACAUUUAAACUGUAUGUUUAAAGUUUAAGACGAAGACAGCUAAUCUAGAUAGCGCUACAUAAUAUACAUAUUUCGUGUCUCAAAAUGUCUUAUACGGGAUAUCCAGUUUGAAUGAAAAUACUUUGCGUCGUUAUGCGACCGAAACGUCAUCUUGACUCCUAACGGUGACAUCUUGUUCCCGGUGGAAACAGUCCUAUUUUCUCAUAAUAAUGCUGAGCACAGUUAUCGUACAGUUGCCAUCAGAUAUAUCGGAGCGGCCAAGGCGCUCACAAAUAUCUGAACUCGCCUCUAUUGUCAAGGCGUUAGAGUGCAUAUUAAAAUGUAAUAACAAAACUUCUGUGAGACACAGACAUAUUAAAUAUAUUAAUAACGAGUCACUCACGUAUUUUCCGGUCCGUCACCGUCAACGCAAGCUCCUGAUGACACUCCUCAGUACGGAGUGAAACAUGUCAAGCGUUUUUCGACUUAAAAUACAUGAGUGACCCGUUAUUAAUAUAUUUAACACAUAUUAAACUUAUUUUAAACCGGGUCACUCACGGUAUUAUUAAGUAUGUCGAACUAUUCGACUUAAUAAUACGUGAGUGACCCGGUUUAAAAUAAUUUAAUAUGUUUGAGUCUUACGUGAGUUUUAUAGUUAAAAGCACUAGACUCACUAGAGUGCAUUUUUGAGCACCUCGGCCGUUCCGAUGGCGACUUUAUCAUAUAUUUUCUCAUAUAUACUUAUUUAUUCCUGACAAUUUAACUAUUUUAAGUUUUGUGACUAUAGGUUGUUAUUUUAUUUUUCAAAAACUUGUGUUACUAACGAAUGCGUAGAAAAAUCAGUAGAAGUAGUGCAUAAUAUUGUAUUCGCAAAGUUGAAAGCUGAAGCAGGUGGCGCUGUCUGGUUGGUAAACUAUGCGAUAAACAGGUCGUUGUUUAACAAUCUAGCUACCACAUAAUUUAUAUCGUACAGCGCCAUCUACUUUAGCAGUCGAAUUAGCAAAUAUCGUAUACUACGCGUUUCGAUAGUCUGACUAUGACGAGUAGUAAAAGAAAUGACGUAAAUUUAUUCGUCACUGUGACUAAGUCAAAUGGUAGAAAAUAUGGGUCAUUUUCUAUGAAAAGGGACCUUAUUGUCGAAGGCGCUUACGCCGCACAGCGACGCGCGGCAUUGUAUUAUAUCGGAGCAUCGUUUAUAAUGGCGUAAGCGCCAUCGACAAUAAGGAUCCUUUUUAUAGAAAAUACCACAUAUAUAUUUUAGUUGAUUUCAAAACUAUAUUGAUGUAUUGCAUCACAAUUCACUAUGGUUAGCAAUUGAAAAGUAUUACUUCAAAACAAUGUCUAAAUCCAGCAUAGAUAGAGUUAGACCAAGCUAAGUUAGCAGCGAUUUUGAUAGCGCAGACUGCGCAAGUGUUAUUUAAACGUCAGAAUUUCAUAUAAGUUUGACGUUUAAAAUAACACUUGCAUAGUUGUAGCUAUCAAAAUCGCUGCUAACUUAGCUUGAUCUAACUCCAUUUCAAUAUUUGCAGUUUUUUUAAUUAUGUAUUCGAAAUUUAUACCUUUUUUUUAGUUAUUUAAUGAGUUACUCGUUAUAAAUAUAUUUAAGUCCCAUGGUAGCUAUUUAGUUAAAUACUAGCGACUAGCGACCAGCCCCGGCUUCGCAUGGGUUACACAAAACCUUAACAAAUAACACCUAAACCUUCCUCAAAAAUCGCUCUAUUGAUAGGUGAAAGCAUGAAAAUCCGUUCAGUAGUUUUUGAGUUUACCGCGAACAUACAUACACACAGACAGACGCGACGAGGGACUUGUUUUAUAAGGUGUAGUGAUUAGGAGAGAAUUAGACAUUGCAAAUAUUAUGCAUUCUGAGUUUGGGCAUUUUCUAGAUAAAUAAUAUCACACUUUUUAACAUCUUACCAUUGCGAUAGAAUAUGGUUUAUUUUAAAACAUGCGUACAUUUUCAUAACUGUCGAAUUUACAGAAAAUGGGGUUGGCCGGUCGAAAUAAUUAGCAGAUGGCGCCAGCAUAGCUUGCCCGGUCAAUCCCUAGAUUUGUGUCAAAUUUUUGUUUUUUUAAUACCCUGGAUGCCAGCCAUUUAAGCCAAAUCUCAUAGAAAAAGGGGCACGCUAUGAUGGCGCCAUCUCUGCAAACCUUUGACAGUUGCCAACCCCAUUGCGACAAAACAUGUAAACUUCAGACGUCGUUUUUGAAGUAAAACUUCUUUAGGCGCAACUAGAGGGUAACUCAAUUUUUUUUUCUGACGGAAGUAACACUCAGUAGUGACACACGCACAAUAAUACACAUGUCAAAGUGCCAACAUAGCGAUAAACGUCAUCGUCCAAGAAGUUUUACUUCAAUCGCGCGUAGAUUACACGCACACACUUAUUUCUUGUAUUUUUUUUAUUUAAAUAACAUAACAGAGUAAAAUUAUAGUAAAGGUACGCCGCCGAGAACUGAAUAUAUUCUGCGUUCGGCGAUUGCCUUUAAAGCCUGACCAGGAAUAUAUGAUAACGCGCCAUGUUGCGGAAUUUCAUUGGAACUAAUUUUUUCAUACUAUACUGAACUGUCACCCUAUACAUGAGAAUAACAGCGCCCUCUUACAAAAUACAAAAAAUACAAAUACAAAUGAAUUACCUCUUGACAAUGAUCAUAUAUUUCUGGCAAAGAUAGAAAUAACUCCGUAAUAGAUGGAUACAGAUAAAACAGCUAAGGAAAAAACGUGCCUCGAAAAUCACGAAAAUUUGAUUCUCGAUCAGAGGGCGCUACUAGCUUUGGCCUACUGUCGUAUUGAUGGCGUUGACGGUUUCGUUUGUUAUUUAACAAUUUUAACGCAUAUCAGUGAAAGAACAUGGGUCAAAAUCAUAUAAAAAUAAAAAUGCAAAUAAAAAAAAUCAUUUAUCCAUAGUUAAAUACAUUUUAACGUAUUUUUAUAAAUCUUCAUUUUUAGUUUUAAAGUAUGUCGAUAGAUGGCAGUGAAUUUACAGUGGUUACUAAAUUUACUAUGACAGUACCGCUCUAUCUUAUUAUAUCCUCUUUGCUAUACUGAACUGUCACCCUAUACAUGAGAAUAUCAGCGCCCUCUUACAAAAUACAAAUGAAUUCCCUCUUGACAAUGAUCAUAUAUUUCUGGUCAGGCUUUACAUUCAAAGAAAAUUGUGCUGUGAACAUAAUUAUUUCACUAGAUGUCGCUAUACUCUAUUAAAAAUAAGUAUAAAUUACAACUAUUAUAUCAACUCUUUAAAAACAGCAAAGAUGCAUUGAUUGUAUAAGAUGGGUAAAGUCUAAGAUAUAUCUGCUCUGUAGCUGAUGUAGAUGACGCUGUACGGCUCCGUACAUUAUGCGGUAACUGUGCUAUUUUAUUUAAAGUUGAGCACUACACUUUUUAUUUUAGAUUUAGUUAUUUGGGCCAUUUUCAACCAAAAAGGUACUUACUGUCGGUUGUCAAUUAGGCGCUAUUUCCAUGUAUAGGUUUAAUUGUAAAUCGACAACCGACAAUGUGAUACCUUUUGGUUGAAAGCGUCACAUUUAUGUUAUUUCUACUCAGAAUCACAAGACCUUUCGAUCCUAAAAUAAAUAAAAAAUUGUCCUAAGAUUUUUAUUUCCAUUCCAUUACAAUUUUUCAUAAACUGUAGGACGGUAACGGAAUGAAAGGCACGAAAAAAGUAUGGAAAUUUUGGGACACUUUUUUGUCCUAUUGGAUUAUUUAUUAUAUUAAAUAUUAAUAAUAAUGGCCUAAUUUUGGUUGUCAAAAGUUGACGUUUGACAAUCCGUUGACUAUGUACAGUCGCCAUCAGAUAUAUCGGAGCGGCCGAGGUGCUCACAUAUAUCUGAACACGCACUCUAACGCCUUGACAAUAGAGGCGUGUUCAGAUAUUUGUGAGCGCCUUGGCCGCUCCGAUAUAUCUGAUGGCGACUGUACGAAACAUAUGGGGCAUGUUUUUAUAGACUUUACAUCUCUUCUACAAUGAAUAACUCUUUGGUAAAUAGUUUGUGAUCCAAAUGGCCUGUAUCUAAAGUAUUAUAAUAGUUAGUUGUUAUGUUGAUUCAUUGUUUUGGAUGCAUUGAGAGGCAAACUUAUCUGAAAUUUUGUUUUAUCAAAAAAAAAAAAAUUAUUGGCUUCGAUUUCAGCAAAAUGUGCAAUAUUAAAAUAUCCUUUAUAUAGUGUUUAAAUCUUGUCGGUUUGUGUUAUUAGCUAAAUUAUCAGUCUAAAGCCGUCCAAACGCCGUUUUUCAUUAAGGUGCAUUGGGACAAGUUCGGGUAAUUUUAAAUAUAGCAAAUAUUUACUACACUGGACUGUUGCCUGGGGUAUUUUCGAACCGAUAAGACCUUCAAACCAUCAAGAAAAGAUCGUACUCCCUCUUAAAGCCGGCAUUGCACUUACAACCCCGUGUUGCGGGUGUCCAUGGGCGAUGGUAAUCGCUUAUCAUCAGGCGAUUCACCUGCUAGUUUGCCACCUAUAUAAUAAAUAAAAAGCUAAAAUAAUUGAUUUUGUUAAAAAACUUGCCGUUUUCAUGGAAUGCUCCUUUUAAAGAUAUUUGCCAUUUUCAAAAGUACCCUGCUAAACUUACCCCAACGCACCUUUUACUUGACAAUAGGCGAUACAAAAUAAUUAUGAUGUAUUAAUUAAGUUUGCCCCUCUUUUUAGAUAAUAUCUCAAAGUAAAGACUUGCUAGUUGUUAUAAGUACACUGUAAAGAGAUUAAAUAUAUCAGUUUAUUGGAUA